AGGUCAUGUGACUGCGUGUCCCCCUGCUGGACGCCACAUGUCUCUGCAGGCUGUCCUGUAGUCCUGCAGUGUUUUCCCUCUGCCUGCACUGGUUCUGUAGUAAGAAUACUGUUAUCCCACUGAUACUUCUACUACAUGCAGCUGAGAGUACGUGUGCAGCCGCUCCGACUCAGCAGGGGGCGCUGUGGUGCUGUGACAUGGAGACACCGAGUUAGUGUGUGUGAGAGAUGAUGUUGAAGACAUGGAGCAGAGGAGGAUGCAGCGGCUCGGCUCUGGACAGAAAACAACAUUCAGGUAGGAAAACAAACAAACAAACAGGCCGACAGACGCGAAGCAGCCGAUCGAAGCGAACAUCGAACAGGAAACGCAAGCGGCGCCGUGCUGGACGGUCGGAGGGUGUGUGUGUGUGUGUGUGUGUGUGUGUGAUGCUGGGUGCUGAUGCUGAUGAUCAGUAGACUUUGGUCAGGAAACACACUCCAUCAGAUUUGUUGGUCUGAGGCGCUCAGGCAGCAGCAGAACAACAGUCGAAACCCUCCGACGGUAAAUGAAGGGAGUGAUGAGGCGUUCAGGUGCUGGUUAGAGGGUGGGACUGAACAGCGCCGCCUGCCUCACUCAGCUGUUACUGUCUGAUUAUAAAUAAAGGAGCGUCACAGCGUCCGGUCGGUAUUUUCAAAAUAAGAUUCAGAGAUGAGUCUUUAUUGGCAUUGCACGGUCGUACGGUGUACAUUAGCACAAAGAAACUGGGGCACAGUUCUCCCCUCGGUGCAAAAGUAUCGGAUAAAUAAUAAAUAGCUAAGCAAGGCGUGCACUUAUCGAAAAGGUGAGACACUAUAUAUAUAUAUAAAAAUAUUACACAUGUUAGGGUUGCACAGUUGUGUAGAAAAAAUGAUUGUACACGUUUAUUGCAUCUGUCUUGCCUGUGGCUGGAACGACACAUGAUCAGAUGGGUUCAUUUAACAGGACUACGGCCCUGCUGUAACACCUGUCCCUCAGCCUGUUAGUCAAACAAUAAGCAGCAAUAAAGCUUUUACACGACAGGAAGUGAGAGAAUCAAAGAGUUUGGAGCAAAGCAACGUGUUGUUUUUGAUAAACCUUUUAUUAAAAUCAAAUCAUAAUCUCAACUAAAGCUCUUAAACACAAUAAAAUGUUCACUGCUCACCUCUGAGAUGUAGUGGAGUAGAAAUAUCUAAGUGGUGUAAAUGGAAAUACUGAAGUGCCUACAGAUUGUGACCAACAUUUCUGUUCAGUGAAACUUUCAUCAGCAGCAGUUUCAGUCGUUUAGUGCGUUUCUAUUGGCUGACAGACCACACCUGCUGGACAAAGGUGAGCUCUGACCGAUCAGGCUGCCGCGAAACCGGAAGUGACCGUUUGUUGAACAGGAUCUUACGGUGGCUUUAUAGUCACUCUCGACCUGUUGAACAGUGAGACUAUUGAGUUGUAACGCAGCACUUUUUAUUAGUUUAUUGAGGAUUUUCUGCGUGACAACAAAACCGUUUCCUCAUCAGAGCAGGAAGUGACACAAAGUUAAACCUGAACUGAAGUGAAACAGCAGGAAAAUCAAAGAGUGAGCAGCGAAGGAGAAAAUAUAAUCAUUUAAAGAUAAAACGUGAAUGAGCUGAUUCUGUGAAUAUUCACCUGAGUAUGCAUCGCGGGUUGUGUUGAAUUACAGCAGUGACGUUGUCACUAGUUUUGCUCUUACAUAACUGAUCAGGCUGUGACGUUUGAAGUGGAACAAAAGGAACAAAACUUCCAGUUUGUUUAUGGAGCUGACGACGCGCUCAUGAGAGGGAGUUUUAUUUUGAAAAGCACUGACCGGAUGUUGUGGUUGUGUGACGCGAUUGACGCUGUAGGAUGCGGAGCUGCAGUGCGGACAAACAGGCUGGAGCUGGAGAGCCCGACACCCGCUGACCCGCUGAGCGCCUCUGACAGCCGGCCCGGGUCCGCUUCAGACGGGUCUCUUGGUCUGGUUUUGUCCCAGGUUUGUCUGCCGGAUCCGGUCCAGCAGGAGGAGGAUCAGUCCGCCUCCUCCCAUUCUCCUCCUCCUCCUCCUCCUCCUCAGCUGCGGCAGCGGAGAGCCGGAGGAGGACCCGGACCCGGACAGCAGCGGGUUUUUACGGCGCACUCCUGGACUCUGAAGGGAAAUAAAAUCUGUGUUUGUGUCUUUGUGGACUGGUUCAGCCCCGCAGCGGGUCUGGACGGCCGGUCUGAGGAGAGAACGGGUCUGGUUUGACACCGGGGACUGUUAGAGGAGAAAUACAUGGUGGUUUAGUCCUCCGGGAAUCUGAGGCCCAAACCCCGGCCCCCUUUUAGAGGAACGGUGGGUUUUCUGGACCAGGACGUUUUGUGCCGAAAUAAAAUCCCAGAUGAAGAUUCCCAAAAGGCGGAAAAGGAGCGGACGGUGCGCCAGAUAAAUGGCUCUUUUAAGCAGGGAGCUGCUCGUGUUCUGUCCGGCUGGCAGCUGUGCCUAGUCCCCAGCCUCCAGGACAACGCCAACAUGAACGGGACGUCCGAGCAGGCCGACAUCCUGCCGCCGAACUGCAUGGUCAAGGACCGAUGGAAAGUGCUGAAGAAGAUCGGUGGGGGCGGGUUCGGGGAGAUCUACGAGGCCUUGGACCUGCUGACGCGGGAGAACGUGGCGCUGAAGGUGGAGUCGGCCCAGCAGCCCAAACAGGUGCUGAAGAUGGAGGUGGCGGUGCUGAAGAAGCUGCAGGGUAAAAACCACGUCUGUAAGUUUAUUGGCUGUGGGAGAAACGACAAAUUCAACUACGUGGUGAUGCAGCUGCAGGGUCGUAACCUGGCCGACCUGCGGAGGAGUCAGCCCAGAGGAACCUUCACCAUGAGCACCACCCUGCGGCUCGGGAAGCAGAUCCUGGAGUCCAUCGAGGCCAUCCACUCAGUGGGCUUCCUGCACCGCGACAUCAAACCGUCAAACUUCGCCAUGGGCCGACUUCCCUCCACCUACAGGAAGUGCUACAUGCUAGACUUUGGUCUGGCACGGCAGUACACCAACACCACCGGAGAGGUCCGCCCGCCGAGGACCGUGGCGGGUUUCAGAGGGACGGUCCGAUACGCUUCAGUCAACGCUCACAAAAACAAGGAAAUGGGUCGCCACGACGACCUGUGGUCGCUGUUCUACAUGUUGGUGGAGUUCACUGUUGGACAGUUGCCAUGGCGAAAGAUCAAAGAUAAGGAACAAGUCGGCCAGAUUAAAGAGCGUUACGACCAUCGGCUGCUGCUCAAACACAUGCCUUCAGAUUUUAGCAUCUUCCUGGAACACGUCCUGGCUCUGGACUACUACACCAAACCGGACUACCAGCUGCUCAUGUCGGUGUUUGAGAACAGCAUGAAGGAGCGAAUCAUCACCGAGAACGAGCCUUUCGACUGGGAGAAGGGAGGCGACGUGGCGCUGUCCACCACCGCCUCCACGCAGCCACAGCACAACACCCGACCCACGGCCGCCAUGGUGGGAGCCAUCGUGACGCCGGGUCCUGGAGACCUUCUGCGGGAGAACACUGACGACGUUCUGCAGGACGAGCACCUCAGCGAUCAGGAGAACGCCCCUCCGGCCCCGUCCAGCCGGGCCCCCGGUGACACGGGGGCCCCACAUGUGGCAGAGCCAGGAGAGGCCUGGGAGGACACAGACUUCAACCGCAACAGACUCAGGAUCAGCCUGAACAAGGGGGCUCAGGACGAGGAGGCGGGUCGGGUGACAUGUCCAGUGUCGCCGGUUCGAGGUGGAGCUCCAGAGUCCCCGACAGGUCAGGGUCGGUCCCUGCGGUACCGCCGGGUCAACAGCCCUGAGUCUGACCGUCUGUCCGCUGCCGAGGGUCGGGCCGACGCCUACGGACAGAGGUCUAGGAUGGACAUCCUGGGCUCUCCGUCUCGUCACGUCUACUCCUCCCAGCCGGCUCAGAUGCUGUCCGUCGACCCCGGCUGCCGCGGCGAUCGUCAGGUCAGCGGCCGUCAGGAGGUGUCCGUGGCGUCCGUCGACCAGGAGGCACACAGCAACGCCUUCAUCCGCUCCGUCCCGCUGGCCGAGGAGGAGGACUUUGACAGCAAAGAGUGGGUGAUCAUCGACAAAGAGGCAGAGCUUCGAGACUUCCAGCCAACCACGUCGGGGACCACAGACGAGGAGCCUGAGGAACUCCGCCCCCUGGAGGAGCAGGAGGAGAGGAGAAGGCUCAGGGCUGGAGGAGGGGAGCUGGUGGUUCGUCCAAAGGUCCACACCAGGGAGAGCAGCCGCGGGAUGCUAACGCUAACGGAAGAGGAGGCAUCAAGGAGGAGCGGUGGCAGUCCCGCCCAGUCGCCCUGUCACUCGUUGCCUUCGGGACGCCCCCGGCGGAGGGAGUCAGAGCCCAUUGGACCUCAGAGACCGGUGCUGUCGCCCACUGAACAGAGCGCCCCAUCGCCACCUUCCCCAGACUAUCGAACAAAAGGCCAGAGUGACGAAAAGGAGCAUUUCCACAUCCUUCCUCAGCUGCAGGCCAAGAGGGCUGACUUCCUCACCGUCAUGCUGACUGGGACCCUGCCUCAGCGGCGGAGCUUUGCGACACCAGAUGAAGAAGUUCCAGAACCUCCAGGGCCAAAGGAUGAUGAUGUCACAAAGAGUGAGUCCAACAGUGAGGCCAGUCAAAAGAGCACUGAACGUAGCCAGGACGCUGCACCUUCAACACUCAUGGCAGAGGACCAAAGGGGCCAGAGGGAGCAUGCUUCAGCUGCUGAUGCAGACCCCGACCUGGAGGAUGCUUCCAAAACCCUUGUCCUCUUCUCCCCUGGAGACACUCGCAAGUCUCCCUCUGGUGGUGAUCACGGUCUAGAGGGUGAGUUGGCCACACCGUGUGCCCUCACUUCCCGUAAUGAUCGCCUUCCCACUGGGGAGGCAAUGCAGCGUGAACCCUCUGAGACAGGCCGUCUGUCCCCUGCUCUCAGGUCAGAUCUGAGGCCAUCCACUCCCAUCGCUCCUGCAUCACCGCCCUUCACCAAAGUUGAGCGUACUUUCAUCCAUAUUGCAGAGACAUCGCACCUCAAUGUCAUGUCUUCCAAUGGUCACUCUGCCAAGGACAGUGACCGGGAAGUCUUGGCCAUCAUGAAGGUAUCAACUGCAGAGGAUGACGCCCAUGAGCAGGGUCAGGGGGGAGCACCAGAGACCAAAGAGUCUCCGGAGCAGUCCACGCCAGAUAAAGGUACAUCUGUUGAGAAGCAGCCCAAUACUGAGAAUGGUCCGUCAACUAUCCUGGUCCAAUCUCUGGAGCCUGUUCCAGAGGCCGUGCCACUAGUUCAAGAACAUAUAGAUGUGUCACAGGAAUCUAAGAAACAGCCGACAUCCAUUGAAGAAGCUACCAAGCUUUCGACUACUUUAUUAGAACUACCAGCUGCCAUAAAGCCCAGAAUCCGAAGCCGAAUCCCAGUACUCAUCUCUGAAGAGGACUCAGGCUCAGAGCAGUCCUCCUCCCUCUCUGCUCGAGCUCGUCUUCAGCAACGGACAAGGCAGCUAGACUUGGCCCGCUUGGUGGUCCAGAAGCAACAGGAUCGGUGGAUGAGGAGGAGGAUGCUGUCUGGGACAUCAUCGUCGUUAUCCUCUGGGGAUGAUGAGCGUCGGAGAGCUUCUGAAACUCUGUCCACCACCGGCUCAGAGGAGGACACACAUACCUCGGAUGAGUCCAGAAGGAGCUCCCGUCUCAAACCAACUGAAGAGCAAGGCUUCAAGGAGUGCAAGAGCAGGAUUCCUAGACCCAUUACUCCCAUUAAGAGGCCUUCAGUUGGGUUUGCCGCUGCUUCUCCUCUCUCUUUGCCAGAAUCUGGUUCUACUAAAGGAGCAUCAUCCUUCACUAACGGGAAUCAGAAAAUUGGACUGAGCACUCUUAGCACUCAACGGAAAUCCAAACCUGUCUCUCCCAGAGCCUCCUCCUCAUGUCCCCGUCCGUCUGCUGCCCCUGCUCCCUCCGGCAGCCCUCGAAUGCCCCUGCGAGUCCUGUUUGGAACUCGACGCAGCCUUAGUUCCACCCACUGCAGGACUGACAGCCCUUCUCCUCAGAGAGUAUGUCCUUCCAGACAGCCCCUCUCAGUUCGAGCCCCGACCGUCCCCAUGCUCCCACCUCGAACUACAACAACCAUGCGGCGUAGCGCCUCACAGGAAGCCACCGCACAGCUUUCUUCUGGCACCAUGCCUCCCAGGACCAAGCCGAAACCAACUGGGGCGGCUAAGGGAAAGCCAAAUUCCAAGGAGAAGGCAGUGCCCACUAGAUAAUACA